AGUACUCGAUGAUGUGUGUUUAUACGUUGUGAAGUGAUGUCUACGCUUGGUAUCUGGCAGCUGAAGUCAGUUGUUCUUAAAUACAGUGAGACUGGCCAUAGCAGUAGAGGAGUAAGGUACUAUUUGCGACACCUCUUGGAUACGUUCCAACGCCGUCACCCGCAUGUGGAGGUCAAAACUCAACAUGAGCAAUAUGAGCUACCCUCAGUGUUAUUUAGUUAUCUCGAUGGGUCAAAGUAUAAUAUUAGCCUGAAAGAUUUAGAAGCGCGCCAUAUUGAGGAGAUAAUACAACUCCAUUGCAAUUCAGCUGGUGGUAUGGAGUUUUUAAAACACGGCGGGUCACGAGUAUGGACAACAAACAGGUCCAUACAGGGUCUUUGGAAACCUACACAAGAAUCGCAAAAUGUCGCAUUAUCAUGGUUCAAAUCGAAGGAUGCACUUUCCAAAGGGAGAAAAUUAACACCUAGGUCGCUCCCUAAAUAUUCCGCAAAAUCAUUGGUACUCAACUGCGAUGCAGUAAAAGGAAAUGGCCGAUGGGGAGAUGAGAAGGUCUUUCCUCGCGGCUUUGAUCAGCAAUACCUAAAAGACAUUUUUACACGGCCAUUUAUUGAUGAUGAAAUAGCACGCACACGAUAUACUCGUGAAUGUGAUCGCAAUGAUGCAUCGUAGAUGAACU